AUGAUGAGGAACGACUGGCUCUUCAACAAGCCUGUUAUCUUUCUCCUUUUCUUCCUCUUCCCUGGAAAUCUCUCUCACACUGCAGAACCGCAGUACAUGGUGCUUCUGCCCUUUCUGAUACAUACUGAUUCUCCUGAAAAAGUUUGUGUUCAGCUGACUCACUUGAAUGAGUCUGUAACACUGCGUGCUACAAUUCAGUAUCAAGGGGAAAACAGGAGCUUGAUUGAUGAUGUGGUGUCGGAGAAAGAUUUGUUUACCUGCAUCCCUUACUCCCUUUCAAAAUCCAACAGCACAUCAGUGGCACUUCUCACUGUGACGGUGAAGGGAGAGACGCUGCAGUUCAGAAGCCGCAAGUCAGUGCUGGUCAAGAAUUCUGAGAGUUUGGUCUUUGUACAGACAGACAAACCUAUCUACAAGCCUGGACAGACAGUUCUGUUUCGGAUUGUUUCUCUGGAUAAAGAUUUCCACCCACUGAAUGAGAAGUUUCCAUUCGUCUAUGUUCAGGAUCCCCAGAGAAACCGUGUUUAUCAAUGGCAAGGGGUAGAACUUGAGACUGGCCUUACACAGCUCUCCUUCCCCCUCACCUCUGACCCCAUCCAAGGCUCCUACAAAAUAGUCGUGCAAAAGAACUUCAUUGCCCACGUGGAGCACUCCUUCUCUGUAGAGGAAUAUGUGCUGCCCAAGUAUGAGGUCCUGGUGAAGCUGCCUAAGAUGAUCACAAUUGAGGACAAGGAACUUCCAGUGUCCGUCUGUGGUCUUUACACCUAUGGAAAACCAGUACCUGGUAUGGUGAGUGUCCAAGUGUGCCGGAAAUUUUCCCAUUCUGCUUCACAUUGUUAUAGAAAAGAAGGAGAAGCUGUAUGUGAAGAAUUCACCAGGCAGGCAGAUGUUCACGGGUGUGUUUCUGCUGUAGUAAGAACUAAGAUAUUUCAACUCCGGCGCAGGGGAUAUAAGAUGAGCAUUGAGGUGCAAGGCAAGAUCACAGAAGAUGGUACAGGAAUAGUUGUGACUGGAACAGGCUCCUGUGAAAUCACAUCCAUAAUGAGCAAAGUCAGCUUUAACCUGUUGGACUAUCAUUACAGACCAGGGAUCCCACUCUUUGGCUGGGUGAAGCUGGUAGAUGGUAAUGAUGUUCCCAUUGCCAAUGAAACCAUCAGGAUUUCUGUGAAUGGAGACAUAUACAAAGGCAAUUACACUACAGAUGAGCAGGGACUAUCCUGGUUUUCCAUUGAUACUACCACGUUCACAGAAGCCUCCCUGGAAAUCCGGGCUGAAUAUAAACCUGAACUGAACUGUUAUGUCAGUGACUGGAUCACGCCUUCACAUGAGCAUGCCAUGCAUAGAAUAAGUCGAUUUUACUCCCCCAGUAAGAGCUUCCUCAAAAUUGAGCCCAAGUUGGAGACGUUAAGUUGUGGCUCCUCUGCAGAGAUCCAGGUGCACUAUAUCUUCACACCAGAAGUUAUUGAACAGCAGGGGAAAAUUAUCAUUUACUAUUUGGUGAUGGCAAAGGGCAGUAUUAUGUUAGCAGACACCUAUGAUCUGACUGUGGAUCCUGGAAAUGCUUAUGGGAUAUUCCAGUUGAUCUUACCUGUUGAUGUGACAAUUGCUCCCCUGGCACAAAUGCUUGUGUAUACCACUUCACCCAGUGGAGAAGUCAUUGCUAGUACAGGAGAAUUCCGGGUUGAAAGUUGCCUUCUCAAUAAAGUCAACUUGAGUUUUGUACCCAAGGAAGAACUUCCUGCCUCCAACACAAGCCUGAAACUCCAUUCUUCACCAAGGUCCCUGUGUGCCCUCCGUGCUGUGGACAGGAGCGUCCUCCUCAUGAAGCCUGAAGAUGAACUCUCUCCCAGCUCCGUGUAUAACCUUCUCCCACUCAAGGAACUCCGGGGCUAUAGCUUCAAGGACUACUACUUGGAAGAAGAAGAUGUAAACCCCUGUGUGUCACUUGACAACAUAUUACUGAAUGGAUUCACCUAUGUACCCAUUUCUCCUGAUGGUGAAGGUGAUGUUUAUGAAAUUCUCAAACUAAUAGGCUUAAAAGUCUUCACUAGCAACAAGAUCCAUAAACCUGAAAUCUGCCAGCAUUACACAGCACAUAUGAUGGAAAGGAGUUACAGUGGUUCUAUCAGUGCCUCACAACUCCUUGAUGAUUCAGACUAUGCAAUGUUAAAACAGAUGGAUGCUGGCAGCCCUGUGGAGACCAUCCGGAAGUACUUCCCUGAGACAUGGAUUUGGGACGUAUUUUCAGUGAACUCUGAGGGAAAUGCUGAAGUAGAUGUGACCAUCCCUGACACCAUCACUGAAUGGAAAGCCAGUGCGUUCUGCAUGUCCCCAGACACAGGCUUUGGCCUGUCACCAACAGUGUCCCUCAGAGCCUUCCAGCCUUUCUUUGUAGAGCUCACCCUCCCUUACUCUGUAGUGCGUGGUGAGGCCUUCACGCUGAAAGCCACUGUUUUCAACUACCUGACAGCCUGCAUCAGAGUCAGUGUGAUUCUGGCUCAGUCUACUCAAUUUCUGGCUACUGCGGUGGAAAAGGAGGAAGACUCUCAUUGUCUCUGUGAGGACGGGAGGAAAACAGUGGCUUGGCUGGUGACUCCCAAAUCUCUAGGGCUGGUGGAGUUCUUGGUGAGCACUGAGGCCCUGCAGAACCAGCAGCCAUGCGGAAACACCAUAGUGCAGACCCCUGAGAAAGGGCGGAAGGACACGGUCAUCAGGCAGCUGCUGGUGGAGCCUGAAGGAGUUGAGAAGGAAACUGUUCGGAACUCUGUGCUCUGUUUGAAAGGAGAGUCUGUGAAAGAGAAGUUUUCUCUGUUGCUUCCCGCAAAUGUGGUACAAGACUCAGGCAGAGCAUAUUUCUCGGUGCUAGGCGAUCUCAUGGGCACCGCCAUGCAGAACCUGCACCAGCUACUCCAGAUGCCAUUUGGUUGUGGCGAACAGAACAUGGUCUUGUUUGCACCCAACGUCUAUGUCCUGGACUAUCUGAACAAGACAGGACAGCUGAGUGAGGAGGUCAAAUCCAAGGCCAUUGGAUACUUAGUGAGCGGUUAUCAGAGGCAGAUGAACUACAAGCACCCAGAUGGCUCUUACAGUACCUUUGGACCACGUUAUGGCCAACGGGGGAACACCUGGCUCACAGCCUUUGUCCUGAAGUCCUUUGCCCAGGCCCGGCCUUACAUCUUCAUAGAUGAAAAGCACAUCCAGGAUGCUUUGAUCUGGCUCAGUCAAAAUCAGAAGGAGAAUGGCUGCUUCCGCAGCUCUGGGAUGCUCCUGAACAAUGCCAUGAAGGGUGGAGUGAACGAUGAGGUAACACUGACAGCCUACAUCACUAUUGCACUGCUGGAGAUUCCUCUGCCUGUAACUCACUCGGUGGUGCGCAAUGCUCUGUUCUGCCUGGAAACGGCAGGAAAUGGGGAAGAAAACCACGUGUACACCAAGGCACUGCUGGCAUAUGCCUUUGCCCUGGCAGGGAAGGAGGAGAAGAGGAAGACGUUCCUUGGCUCACUUGAAAAGGAAGCCGUCCAAAAGGACGGGUCUGUUCACUGGCAGCGGCCUGGGAAAGAGCCAGAGGCUGAUCUCCCGUACUACCGCUAUAAAGCUCCCUCUGCUGAAGUGGAGAUGACAGCCUAUGUGCUUCUUGCUCAUCUCACCACGCAGCCAGCACCUUCGCAGGAGGAGCUGUCACUCGCAUCUCGUAUUGCAAAGUGGAUCAUUGGUCAGCAGAAUCCCAACGGAGGCUUCUCCUCCACCCAGGACACAGUUGUGGCUCUGCAAGCCCUCUCCUUGUACGGAGUUUCCACCUAUGCCAAGAGCGGAGCAGCUUCCAAAGUGACCCUGCGAUCUGGAGGGGACUUCCAGCAAGACUUCCACGUGGAUCCCUCAAACCGGCUGCUGCUCCAGCACGUGCCCCUGCCCCAGGUGCCAGGGGAGUACAGUGUAGAGGUGUCUGGCAAGGGAUGCGUCUACCUGCAGACAAGCCUGAGGUACAACGUGCAGCCCAAGCAGGAGAGCGCGCCCUUCCUGCUGCAUGUACACACGAGACCAGAGACGUGUGAGGACUCCAAGGCUCACAAGGUCUUUGACAUAGGCAUAAACGUCAGUUACGUGGGUGAGCGCAGUGUCUCCAACAUGGUGAUUAUCGAUGUGAAAAUGCUGUCGGGAUUCAUCCCUGUCAAGUCCUCAGUGAGGAAGCUGGCACACCACCAAGUCAUUGAGCGUACAGAGUUCAGUACCAACCAUGUCUUAGUGUAUCUGGAAAAGCUGAGCAACGUGACCUUGAGCUUCUCCUUCACGGUGGAGCAGGACAUCCCUGUGCAGGGCCUGAAGCCAGCUCAGGUGAAGGUGUAUGAUUACUAUGAGACAGAUGAGUUUGCCAUACAGGAGUACGGUGCUCCCUGCACCACAGCCAAAGCUGAACAGGGAAAUGCCUGAAGAAUACAUCUGUGCCCUGAUGGAUCAGCUGACUUGUUUCUGCCCUUAGUAGUCUUCCUUAACGAGUCCUCUACAAUGUUACAUGUAACCAACACCAAAAGCAAAGCAAUACAAUAAAAAUAAAUAAAGUCUUGAUCCUCCCCA